AUGAACACCGAGCGGAAAACAGCACCAAAUGCGCUAUGGGCAUAUCUUCUCCAGAAGGAUCUCCCGGCGUCCAAUGACUCUUCUGCUACGCCAAUGAUUCCUCCACUGGCACCAAUCGACAGGACCAACACAUCCAUGCGAAUGCUCAUUCACGACAUGCAGGCAACCCUCGAAAGUUCUCUACGAGAGUGGACACUUUGCUCGCUAACGUCAAGGACGCAAAGACUGAAGUGGCGAACUGUAACCGGAUAUCAGAGAGCGAACGUGAACGUGUGCUCGACGAGAUCUCGAAUAGCUACGCCUGAAAAACGAAAACGAGACGGACCUAUAUUCUCAUCAUUACUUUUAGCAAAAAAAGUGCAAACCGAGCUGAAGGCUUGCAUCGGUGCACCCUCUCAAGCAUCAACUCUCGAAUUGGUCCAGAAAUCACAAUCGUCAGCGGAAAGUAGCAUACAAGCUCUAGACAAACGCAUAGAUGCGAUUCAAACGCUCAUUCAAACCCAGAAUCAUGCUAUGCAAGCCAUACAGGACCAGCAGCAUUCGAUACUAACUGCGGUACUCCCACUUCUUCCACUUGUACAAACCUUCCCUUUGUAUGUGGAUCAGGUCAAAACUUCGAUAGCCGAUAAAGUCUCGUCCAGCAUGUCAAGUCUGAGCCGCGAUAUCGGCGGCAUGAAGUCCACUUUAUCCAGUCUAUCCGCUCCUUCUGUCAGCAUCCCUGAUAUUCCCCAGCCAGCUCUAGCAGUUCCGUUCUCUCGUUCCGAGAACCAUCACAGUCGCAAGCGCUCCAAUUCUUGGUUAAAUCAAGACGACACACUUCCGGGGCGCUUCCAAUCCUAUCGUUCCCACUCUUUUGCCCCGUCGCGUAGCCCUCGCAUAGAUCAACACAAGAAACCACGAUUGGGUAGCGUACUACCAACUGGCUCCCCUCAGCUUGUGAGAAAGUCAUCUCAUACGGUCAAUUCCCCGGAAAUACACGCCCUUGAUUUGCGCAAAUCCCUAAAUGCUGACAGGUUGACCUCUCCCGUUCGUGACUCUGUAACCACGAACAACAACUACCCUGCAGUUCCAAUGCUCAGACAGACCACGAGGACGCCUCUCGCUGACAUACUGCCUCCUGCUCCAGUCAAUCACGCAACUGUACAGCUUCGAAAGCCCACUGCCGAGCCUUCUUCCUCUUCUGGUUCCGGAGCAAUUUUUUUUGCGAAUGCUCACAUCAUGCAUGCGUCCUCUCAGGCGGGCAGACAUCCACUUCCAACGGCUCGAGUACAUGAGGCCAUUCCUCAAGCAUCAACGGUCACACCAAACGAUUCGAAUAUCUCUAGUGCAGCUCCAAAGCCAGACGACUUUGUCCCGCCAACUUCUAACCACAAUGAUAGGAAGAAGACAAUGGAAUCAGCGCCUGCAGGUCCACCUAUCGCUACGCCACCAAUGUCGAAGGCUAUCAAGUUGGAAGAAGUUCUUCGCUCGCCCUUGAGAUGUUGCAUAUCCAUUCCGCCGUCACCGUUAUCGUCCUUGUCUCCGUCUCCGCUCCCGGCCCCGGCCCCAGUCCCAGUCCAGCCCGUUUUGAAAACUCAGGUUCAGCAUGUUACAGGUGGAAUGACACGGCGCCAAGUCACAUUCGCUACAUCGUCUCAUGUGUUCAUUCCAUCCAAUCUUUCUGAUCCUGGAAUGCUGCCAUUACCUACGCUUGAUUCCAGGUCCGCAACUAUGAGUUUGCGUGAUCGACGCGCACAGAUGUCUAUGCUCGGCCGUACUAACUUCCAGUGCAAAGCGUUUUAUUCCUCUGGGUUCUUCCUCUGA